AAGGUGUGGCUCAAGCUCAACAUGGCUGCUGUAUACAAGAGAUUUUUGUCACAGCUCCAUCCUCCUCCUCUUAGAAAGAGACUAUUACCUGAUGGAUCCUUAUCAGGCAAGACUGCUCUAGUGACUGGUGGAGGGACCGGACUGGGUAAAGGAAUAGCUCAAAUGAUGGCAGAAUUAGGAGCUGGAGUGGGCAUAGCUAGUAGGAAAAUGGAGGUUGUACAAAAAGCAGCUGAAGAGAUGAGCGACAAGACUUCCUCUAAGGUUGUACCAUUUCAAUUAGACGUACGUGAUCCAGUGGCUGUCAGUAGAGUAGCUGAUGAAUUCACUGAGAGUAUGGGUGGUCUCCCUGAUAUUAUAAUCAACAAUGCUGCUGGGAACUUUAUAUCACCCACCGAGAGACUGAGUCCCAAUGCAUUCCGUACUAUUGUGGAUAUAGUACUGAUGGGUACUGCUCACGUAUCACUGGAGUUUGGGAAAAGAUUGAUCGCCGCAAAGAAAGGUGCUAAUUUUUUGUCUAUAACUACUACUUAUACUCAAUUUGGUUCUGGAUUUGUGGUACCUUCAGCUACUGCUAAAGCUGGUGUGGAAACAAUGACUAGGUCGUUAGCUAGUGAGUGGGGACGAUAUGGAAUGAGGUUUAAUGCUAUAGCCCCAGGACCUAUUGAAACUAAGGGUGCUUUCACUCGUCUUGAUCCAACUGGUCAGUUCAUGAAGAGAACACUGGAACAGGUUCCCAUUGGACGAUUAGGUGAAAUUGAAGAACUGGCAAACCUCUCCACUUACCUUGUCAGUGAUUAUGCUAGUUGGAUUAAUGGAGAGAUUAUUGCUUUUGAUGGUGGACAGUUACCAUAUGCUGCUGGAAUGUUCAAUCAGCUCACACAAGUCACUCAAGAGCAAUGGGAUAUGUUGGAGAAAGCAAUAAGGAAUGUCAAAGGAUCUUAGAAAGAAGAUUACUAAUGCAUUAGCUUUGUUGUGUGACUGAAUGUGUGGAUCUGAUUAAUGUGGUUUUUAUCUUUUUAACAAAUAAAGGAGUGGAUAAAUUUACACUCAGACCUGUC